AUGUCUAUUCAGGUGGGCAGUCGAGUGUCGAUCCCCGGCGGAGGAGAGGCGUACGUGCGAUUCAUUGGGACUGUGCGGAAUAAGAACGGGACGUUUGCCGGAGUUGAGCUUGUGGGGGAGAGUGUGAACAAGGGCAAGAACUCUGGUGACGUUGAUGGGACGUUUUAUUUCCGCACCAAGGUGCCCAGAACAGGGCUUUUUCUGCCGUACCACAAACUUGUGCAGGCCAACAGCUCACCGCUGCGGCCUGUGACGCGGACCAAUGUGAUGAACUCGCCGAAAUCUUCGCCACAGAAUGCGGAUCACCGCGUCCAGGAACUCAGCGAACAAAAUAGACUAUACAAACAGCAACUGGCGGAGCGCACGCGGAUUCUCGAGGACUUCCAGGAGACGGUGGGGACUUUUGAGGCGUUGCUAACAGAAAAUCAGAACGAGCUGAAGAUGAAAGAUGCAAGAUUUGAACGGUACAAGAGCAAUACAGAUACCCAGAUCAAGGAGCUGAUCGAGGCCGUGGAGACGCUGGAACAACAGGCCCAGGAGAACGAGGAGAUAUACAUGCGGCGUCUGCGUGAGUUGGAGGCCCAGAAAGAGACGGGCUCUGCCGAUACGAAGACAGACGAGCAGAAACAGUUUGAGGUGUUGGAGCAGCGGUGCAAAGAGCUUGAGGAAGGUGAAAAGACAUUGAAUAUGAAGCUGAGUGCGGUGCAAGCAGAGCUGGAAGCCUCGCGCAGAGAAACAGAGAAGCUCCAGCAGGAGAAGACAGAAAUAGCGUCUGCUUUGCAAACGCUGCAGAAAUCGCACUCUGACCUCCAGUCGGCUCAUACCGCGCUCAGAAACGCACCUCCACCGCCAGUGCCGGCUGUGGACGAGUUCAAAGUUAAGUACGAUGAGCUGCGCGUGCAGUACACCGAGCUGGCGGAAAAGUGUGCUCGUUUGGAGGCCGUCUCGUCCGCUGCGUCAGCGCCCCUUGUGCAGAACGGCGAGCUGAUAGCCACGCCGGCAGUGAAGAGCGAUCCUGCGGCAGGCCGGGCCAAGUGGUGCGGGCUGUGCGAGCGCGAGGGCCACGAGAGCGUCGAAUGUCCGUACGAAAACGUCAUGUUCUAA